GCGGGACACCGGAGAGGAGCCGCGGUGCCCCUCCCGGUAACGCCCCGGAGCGCCCCGGUGUGUUCCUCAUCCCCGGUAGUGUUCGCGGGGUCCCUCUGGGCCCCCCGGUGAGUGACCGGCGAACCGGGAAUGGAGGGGUCGUGAUCCUCCGCCAAGUGCCCGAGGAGCACCGGGAGGUGUCGGUGCUUCCCCUUCCCCGCCCCGGUGAUUGCUGGGGGGGCACCCGUGCGCCACCACCCCGGUGGGUGAGCGGGGACCCCCGGUGUGCCCCCCACCCCCGGGUGGGUGACAGGGGCCCCGCGGUCCCGGUGCGGGGGUGGGCGCUCGGUGCCCCCCCGGGAGGUGACGAGAAGCUGCCGUCAGUCCCCGUGAGUGUCUGGGGAGGGGGGCGAAGGGACGUCGGUGCCCCCCCCGUUUCCCCGGUGAACGUGACGUGGGUUUCCAGAGCCGGGGGGGAGGGGGCGGCGGGUCCAUCCCCGGUGCUGCCAUCCCGGACUGGGGGGGGUCCCUCCAUCGUUGUCCCCUCCCCGGGACAGCCGGUUGUUCAUCCCCUGCCGGCUCGGUGCUCCCCUCCCGGGAAUGGGGGGUGGAGGCACGUUCAGGCUGUAUUUUGAAAUUUCCAGAUUGUCUUUUCCGUGCCGUUUCCUUGAAAUGCAUCCAGAGAGUUUAUUAGUCAUGUAAAUAGAGAAUAAUGGCAAAGCUCGGCAGCUGGUGUUGGGAUGGACCGGAGAGGGGUUCAAAACUGUCAUUUUUUGGUGUAAUUUUAUUUUUAUUUUAUUUUUUCUUUCCGCCUCUGAUCCUGCGACGAGCAUUUCUGUCUCCUCACCUUGCUGGGGGAAGCUGGGAGCCUAAACCCGUUUGUCAUUAGGAGCGUCCUGCCUGCCAGCUUCUGUAGGAUAAACCAUAUGUUGUCACAACACUAUUUUUAAUUUAGGGUGUUGGUUACAUCACAUCACUGAAUUGGGCAAUCUCUGUAUGAGGACGAAGGAUGCUGUGACGUCAAAACCAGUCAUCCAGUUUCAAGGAAGCCAAGGGCACAUCGCCAUCCCAAGGCCCGAUCGACCGGCAGAAGUGAGGACCUUCACCUUUUAUCUCUCCAAUAUUGGCAAGGACAGCCCUCAGGGGAGCUUUGACUGCAUCCAGCAGUAUGUGGCCAGCAAUGGCAAUAUCCAUUUGGAUUGCCUGGGAAGCAUACAGGAUAAAAUCACCGUGUGUGCUACUGAUGAUUCCUACCAGAAGGCGAGGCAGAGCAUGGCACAGGCAGAGGAGGAGACUCGCAGCCGGAGCGCCAUAGUCAUUAAACCUGGGGGGAGAUAUGUAGGCAAAAAGGUUCAGGUGCGUAAACCUGCACCAGGAGCUUCCGAUGCUGUUCCCUCCAGGAAGCGCCCAACGCCAGUCAACCUUGCCAGUGCAAUAAAGAGAGGCAAUAGUGCGAUUUCCCAGAGACCCUUCAAAGAUAGGGUUGUGCACUUACUGGCACUAAAGCCUUAUAAGAAACCUGAACUUAUUCUCAGAUUGCAGAAGGAUGGACUUUCUCAGCAGGACAAGGAUUUGCUGGAUAACCUUCUGCAACAGGUGGCAAAUCUGAGUGCCAAGGACAGCACUUUCACACUGAAAGAUUGUGUAUACAAAGAGGUGCAGAAGGACUGGCCUGGCUACUCAGAAGGAGAUCAGCAGUUGUUGAAGAGGAUCCUCGUUAGGAAGCUGUGCCAGCCCCAGAACAGCGGCGCUUUCCAGGGAGAAGCUCCUUCCCUGAGCCCUCCAAAGGACACCCUCAACUCCAGCUCUCCCCCCCAGAAACGACCCUUACCUGUGGAGUUCAUCGACCCCCUGGCCAACAAAAAGCCCAGGAUCUCCCAUUUGGCUCACAGAACCCAACCCACUCUCAACGGGAAGCUGAAUUCCUCCAACGGGAAGGACAGCCUGGUCCCCCCUGCCCCUGCCCUGCCCCCGGCCCUGCCCGAGCCGGUCAGCUCCAGCUCCUCCCUCCCGGCCCUGGAGCUGCCCAGGCCCCACGAUCCCCUCUCGGAUGUCAGCAACGACCUGACUCACAACGGCAGAGACUGUGAGAGCAGCACGGAGCCUCCCGAGAGACUGAGUCACCCCCUGCCCACAGACUGUGCCCAGAGCAGCAAACACAACUGCGGCUCCUACGUCAAAUCCAAGAAAAAAUCCAAAAAGCACAAAGACAAAGAGAAGGAGAGGAAGGAGAAGAAGAGCGAGGAGAAGUGCAAAGAGGAGAAGCAGAACUGUGAAGUAAUAAAAAAUGCUGACUUAGUUAGUGUUGCCCAGGAGCAGGUCCCAGGUUUAAAUGGAACAUGCAAUAAUUCUAGUGUACCAACAUCAACUUCAGAAAUGCCAGAUUAUUUAUUAAAAUACGCAGCCAUUUCCUCCUCGGAGCAGCGUCAGAGCUACAAGAACGACUUCAACGCGGAGUACAACGAGUACCGGGACCUGCACGCCCGGAUAGAGCGGAUAACCCGACGGUUCACCCAGCUGGAUGCCAAGCUGAAGCAGCUUCUGCAGGGCUCGGAGGAAUACAAGACCAUCCACGAUCAAAUUUUACAGGAAUACCGGAAAAUUAAAAAGACAAACCCCAACUACAGCCAAGAGAAGAACCGCUGCGAAUACCUCCACAACAAACUGGCCCACAUCAAAAAACUGAUAGCAGAGUAUGACCAGCAGCAGUUUUAGCUGCCACUCACUCACCCCUGGACUGGGUAGGGCAAACCAAAAUCCAGUCAGCCUGGACGUUACGUUCCCUUUUGUACACCCAAAAUCCCUUUCAGAGACGAGCAUUAAUUCCUCGCGGUUGAAGAACUUGGGGAUGACUUUAAGAUGCCAGAUCUGUCAUGUCCACAUCCAGCACGCUCCUCCCGAGUUUUUAAAGCCUCUCUGAAUGUUGGAAUGUAACAAAUGGAUAACAAAAACAAACAAAAAAAACAAACAAACAAAAAAUUCUGCUUAUUUGAAGCCAGCGUUUGACACUUAAGGGAAAACUUGCCUAAAGUGACCGAAGCUCCCAAAGGUUAAGAAUCUGUAGUUUUCAUGGAUUAAAAGUUUGGCAUGAAGUUGUAAUUCCCCAGCUCCACCUGGGUUACAAAUUGUCCUACAAAUGGUGAGGAACUGGAAUUGCUGCUAGGACUGUUUUGGAAUGAGAGCUGUCUGCUCCCGGCUCCGCGGAAAUACACCACGUUCCCUGA